UUUAAAACAUUCGUUUUAAUUUUACUCUAUUUGUCGUUAUAAUUAUUUGUGUGUAAUAUCAGCCAUAUGUUUAGGACCACCAGAUAACCUAUAUACUCCAUUUCCCUGAAAGGGAAGUAUACCAACUUUAAUUGGUGUUAAAUUAUUACAAUUUCAUUACCUGCUAAAAGUGCGUUGAAUUUGUAUGUACUUAUGCACUGUACACACACAUAUAGAUUUAAGAGUUUGGUGGGGAGGUUACGGCCCUUGUGGUCCUCGCAAGCCUUAUACUCUUUUCAUCACAAAAUGUACUUUUUUCUUGCUUUUCUUCCUACCUUUUCUCAGCAUGCGUUGAGCUUCAUUAUUACAACUUGCCAUCUCUUUGCAGUCAUCAAUUCAAUCAUGAAAAUCAAGAAAAUGUUGGAAGAUAAAGAAAAUGGGUUUGAGGAAGAAGAAGAAAUGGCAGAAGAGGAUGAAAUGGUGGAGAAUGAGAGUAAUUUGAAGAAGAAAAGAUUGGAUCUUGGUGGUGGUGGUUCUGGAAUGAGUGCUCGGGCCGGUGGUGAAGUGGCUCCGCCGUGUUGUGCGGUGGACAAGUGUGAGGUUGAUCUGAGAGCUUGCAAGAAGUAUUAUCAGAGGCACAAAGUCUGUGAGGUGCAUUCCAAGGCUCCUGAAGUCAUAGUUUCAGGGGUCAGGCAGAGAUUCUGUCAGCAAUGCAGCAGAUUUCAAGAGGUCUCAGAAUUCGAUCAGACAAAGAGGAGUUGCCGCAUGCGUCUAGCAGGCCACAACCAGCGGCGUAGGAAGAGCUCUUCAAGACUCGUAAAGAGGGCUCAAACCACAGAGGAUUCAAGGAAAACAAGUCCAGGUAGCUUAAUGGAUUUCUCUGAGAAGAAAAGUUAUAAGAUCGCCUGGAUGUCUCUCUAAGAUGUGCUUGCUCUCUUCUGUCAUCAAAUUGCAAGGAGUAUUUGGGAUAUCCAUUUGAACCAUGGAAUUUCAUGCUAUUCAGACAUGAUUAAGUUCCUCGUAAUUGAAACUUCUUGUCCAUUAUUAGCUUUGUUUUAGAAUGGUGGAUUGGAUGCCACGUCCUGUGAUAUUUACUUUUCUAUCUCUGUAUAAUAACAUUUGUCCUCUUAUGGCAUUGAUAUGUUCGAGUUAA